AUGUCGUCUCCACCGAGAAGGAAGAAGUUGGUAUUCCCACGGUUUCCAGAAGAUGGUCCCAACGCGGAUUUGUACUCGUACGAUUAUCCGCCGUUGCCUGCGGCGGCGGGGACGCAAAAUGCGCUAGAGAGUGAUUUCAAUGCUCAUCAGGAUUCCCCGGCAGCAGACGAAUCGCCUACUUCGAGCACCGAAACUAGUUCCAGUGAAUGGACUGACGAUGACGCCAUCGCAACCACCUCCGAAGUCCCAAGACGCCGUCGAAGUAGUCCUCCGCCGGGCAUGGAGCUAGAUUUUUCACUCGAAGAAGAAGAGACCGGAAUACCUGUCAUUAUCAUACCAGUAUCACGACCAUCCACAUGCCCAGAGCCUAUACCUUUACCCGCACCCAUCUACGGACCUGUCCAACGCUCCUCAUCGCGUAACAGAGAGCAACGGAAUCCCCCACGAGAGGCACUACUACUAGUUCUCCCACGACGAGGACGGGACUCGUAUCCUAACGUUCUAGCCAAAGAACGACGCGGCGUAACGCCAACGCGACCAGUGCAAUUCCCCUGGCAAUCCCGGGUCCCAUACACCGGUCGCAUAGUCCGCGAAAGAAGCAGACAAAGAACAGAUUCCAUGUCACCUCCUCCUCCCGCCACAAGAAAAAGCGAAGAACGACAUCCCAGCGGCACUUCCACAGGAACGUGGUAUAGCGGAUAUGAUGGCAACGCCAUCUCGAUCCAGAUCUUGUGGCAUGAUGAGACUGCUCAGUCCAUCGCCCAGUGCCCGCGUGAAACAACGCAGUCACUCGCCCAGCUCCUCCUCACGCACAACUGA